GAGUAUCUUCAAGCCUAUAGUGCCGAUGGCACUCGUUGAUAUUCGUGGUCGGGAUACGGCAGUGAGUGGCGAGUCUCUCGCUUCUUCCGCGUCUUUCAUUUCGGAGAUGUCCGAAGGCGUCAUCAUUUGUGAACGGGAAUGCCGUUUUGUUCACUGUUGCUUCGCGAACCGUGACACAACACGCUCACGUAAACGCCCAUGCUAAAUUUAUCUCACGUAUCGAAGCCGUAUGAUGUAUUCUUCUAGUUUACCGUAGCAUCGAGCUUGCCACACGCGCGCGUACAUUGUGCCACGAAACGAAAGCCUGUGACUUUCUGUUAAGUCGCAUUUCGUUUGUUCGUGGCUACGUGGAAGAAACGACUCGACAUUACUCUUUACAUUUCCCAAUGAGAUGCAAACUAACGCGUAUAACUACCAACAUGUGUAUAGGCAAAUGUCAAACUACUAUUCGCGCCGAAAGUGGAUUUUUCUGAUCGCGCUGAUUUCGUGCGUUGUUCUCGUUGUUCUUAUCACAAAGUAUCCAUUUGUUGAAAAUAAUACAAUAAUACGUGAUACGUACCUGGACGAUGUACCCGCAGAUCUUUAUCAAGCAGUAUUGGACACAUGGUACAACUUUUCCAGUAAUGAAAAAUGGUACAAUAAGAAGAAUAUAUCCGCUCUGAGCUCAGAAGCCUUUCAUGACUUAUUGGCCGAUAUUCAUCAAAAUUGGAUAAUAUGGAAUCAUAAUCCGAAAGAGUCGUAUGUGCUUCAAGAACCAGAUGUAGAAGAUCCGUCGAUGGGGCAGUCAACUGCGAUACGCGAAAUUUUAAACGAUAAGAAAAACGGAUUUUUCAUAGAAUGUGGCGCGUAUGAUGGGGAAAUACGUAGCAACACAUUAUUUCUGGAGCGAUUUAAGGGAUGGUCAGGUCUCUUGAUAGAAGCUGAUCCUAUUAAUUUCACAAAGAUGUUGCAAAAGAACAGAAAGGCCUAUCUUUCGCCAACGUGUCUUAGCAUUACUAAGAAUCCUACGGUGGCAUCUUUUCUCAUGGCCAGGAACGUAGGUCGUCUACACGAACCCAAGAACACGACAGAGGAUGUGCUCGCAAAUACGCUCGACGUGGCUUACACGGGCAAGCACGUCCGUGUGCAAUGCUUUCCAUUAACACAUUACAUCGCCGCGUUGGAAAUCAAAACGAUCGAUUAUUUCAGCCUCGACAUAGAAGGCAAUGAGAUCGACGUAUUAGAAACAAUACCGUUUAACGAGGUGGAUAUAAAGACUCUCUCUGUGGAGUACAUACACAAUAAAAAAGGACGAAAAUACCUGAUCGAUAUGAUGGAACGUCAGGGAUACUACGUUUACAGUUUGGUCACGCAUCCGGACAAUUUGGCGAAUGAUAUUAUUUUUGUAAAGCGCAACACGUGACGAGUGAAUACGAAUAGACAGAAAUUAUGUAUGAAGAAUAAUA